AUGCCGAAUACGCUGCAAUCUGUGGCACCGCUCCGCGCGUGAGGCCAAUUGUGAAAUAAAACCGUGUUUCUUUCUCGAGUCGGAAAAGCUCUGUUAUUUGAGAAUGGACUUUGCAAGAGAGGAAGAACCGGAGCCCAUAAAGCUCAAAUCGAUGAGGAAACAAGUUUUCGCAGUGCCCAAAAAUGAUAGGUUUGGGAGGUGCAGAAGUGUUCGAGGGUUUGAAAAGCUCAACCGAAUAGGGGAAGGAACCUAUGGCAUUGUUUACCGUGCUCGUGACACCAACUCUGAUGAAAUUGUUGCAUUGAAGAAGGUUCGGAUGGAUAAAGAAAAAGAUGGGAUUCCCAUCAGCAGCCUCAGAGAGAUAACCCUGUUGCUGCGGCUCCGACAUCCCAACAUAGUGGAUCUGAAGGAGGUGGUUGUGGGCAGUCACCUUGAAAGUCUGUUUCUGGUGAUGAGCUACUGUGAGCAGGACUUGGCUAGUCUGCUGGAGAACAUACAGACGCCAUUCUCUGAAGCUCAGGUGAAAUGUAUCAUACUGCAGUUGUUGAGAGGGUUGCGCUAUCUCCAUCACAAUUUCAUCAUUCACAGGGACCUAAAGGUGUCUAAUCUGCUGAUGACAGACAAAGGCUGUGUUAAAAUAGCUGAUUUUGGAUUGGCUCGCAUGUAUGGCGUCCCCCAACAACCCAUGACACCUAGGGUGGUUACAUUGUGGUACAGAGCUCCAGAGCUCCUCUUAGGAAGCAAAACCCAGACUACAGCUCUGGAUAUGUGGGCUGUAGGUUGUAUCCUGGCUGAGCUGCUGGCGCACAAACCUCUACUGCCUGGAACAUCUGAGAUCCAGCAGCUCGAUCUGAUAGUUCAGUUAUUGGGGACGCCUAAUGAAAACAUCUGGCCGGGUUUUUCUGAUCUACCUCUCACUGGGCAGUACACUCUGAGGAAGCAGCCUUACAAUAACCUGAAGAAUAAAUUCACUUGGUUGUCUGAAGCUGGACACAGGCUGCUCAAUCUGCUCUUCAUGUACCAUCCACAGCGCAGAGCUACUGCCAAAGAUUGCUUGGAGAGUUCCUACUUCAAGGAGAAACCUCUACCUUGCGAGCCCGAGCUGAUGCCGACCUUCCCUCACCAUCGCAACAAACGUGCUUCUUUUCAGCCAGAGAGCCACUUGAAAUGCAGUAAAGUGUGAUGACGAUCAAGACCUGACAUGGCAUGCCAUUCUGAUUUAACACUCAAAUGGUGGUGUGUUUUGAUCACAUUGCAUAGAAUAAUAACCUCACUGAGCGGUUUGAGUUCUUCUAAUGAAAAUGAGGCAGAAAUGAAAUGUCAAUAUUUGGGUGGGGAAAAAACAGUGCAAUAUAAUCUUGGUUGUAACAACCAGAUGUAAUGCAAAAAUGUUUUUAAGAUUUUUACCAGUACUGUGCAUUCCUCAGUCCCAUGCACUCUACACCCCUUGCACACACUGUUCAUACAUCUAUCAUUACAUCUACAUCUACAUUAGCUUUUCUAAAAUCCUGCACACCACAGCAGGUGCAUUUAAAGCCACACCACUAGUUUGUUGAAUGAAAUAACUUGAUUACAAAUGAUGUAAAAUAAAAAGUGUUUCAACGUCAUAUGAAAAAAUGUUGUUUUUUCUAUGUUCUCUACACUGUAAAUUAGUGAUGUGUGUUUGACUAAAUGUAUGAUCUAUCUGAUUGUUGCCUGUGAAUAUUCUCAUUCUUCCUGGUCAUUUCAUUCUCAGGGCAUUGACUGUUCCGGUUGUCUGAAGUUAGAAGGCGUUUCACUUCUCAUCCGAGCCGGCUUCAUCAGGUCAUGCAACAAGGCUUAGAUAGAACAAAACUAUCCUGAGUUGGUGUGGAAAAAACAACUAUUUAUGCUUCAAGUUGAAGGCAUGCCCCAAACCAUGUACUGUAUCAUUCUGGUAUCAAAAGAACAGGUCCAGUUGUGAUCAAUUAUGAAUGCCCUGAGAAUAUCUGAAUCAUCUUUUCAAUUCUGCUAUUGCAUUGAGCACAAUAAGGAUUGUGCCUUGAAAACGUCUGUGGGGGUGUCGCUCAACUCAUGGUUAACGUGUUCUUUGUUUUGGUUCUACUGGAUCUCAGCACUGCCUUUGAUCCAGUAGAUUAUCACAUUUUAUUAAACAGACUGUGAAACCUG